GCUAGAGUCGCUUCGAUCCAGCAGAGAGUUUGUGUCGUUGUCGACUGGUUCUCAGACGGAGAAAACUGAAAACGGUUGGAUCAUGACGACAGAAAGAAAUAGCAAAGCCCUGAAGGUGAAGCAGGAGUGUGGCGAGAACAUGCCCAUCCUGUCUGACAGCGAGCUCAUGUCCCUUUCAGUGCGGGAGCUGAAUCUCCACCUGCGUGGCCUGUCCCGUGAGGAGAUCCAGAAGCUGAAGCAGCGCCGGCGCACCUUGAAGAACCGGGGCUACGCUGCCAGCUGCCGGGUUAAGCGGGUGUCCCAGCGCGAGGCCCUGGAGCAGCAGAAGCAGGAGCUGCAGAGAGAGGUGGAGCGGCUAGGGGCCGAGAAUGCUGGCAUGAGGAAAGAACUGGAGGGUUUGGGUGCCCGCCUCGCUGCCCUCCAGAGGUUCGCCAGGGGUUUAGAAGCCGGAGGAGGCAACGUGCUGGCCACAGCCCCACGUCUCAACACCGCCUCUGUCAUCACCAUCGUCAAGAGUCCACCUCAGCCACCGACAAAGAGAGAGCACGAUCGGUCCUAGAAGAGGGACUAAUGGGAACCAGACUGGGGGGAGGGGCGCACAACCUACAAUGCAAACAUACACACACACAUCCUGCAGUCUUACUAUACUAUAUACACCCAGUCCAGAGAACAGCAACACCUUGUUAGUAGGAAAGUGUGAACCAGUGCAUUAUUAUUCGAUCACAUUUCUACUCUCUGGACAGUGUGACUGUCCUCAUGUCACCUACUAUACAAUCCCUGUGUCAUCAGGGACGGGUUAACGCCCUCGAUGUUGAAUUCUGUCUUUAUGACUCUUUAGAUUAUGAUGCUUUUCCACCACAUGGUACUGGCUUGACUCCAAGAAUGAGGAGG